GAGGUGUUGAGGCGUGGUAGGAAGAAGGCUGAAGAAGGGGCGGUGUUACACGUACGCCGUCACUUCCGAGGUCUCUUUUAUCAAGGAACUUUUUGCUUGUUCUCUGUUUGGUUCUCCCUCUUUUGAUUCCCCCCAAACCCGUUGAAAAUGGCGUCCCACAACCAAGUCCACUUUCAACCACAGGCGCGCCCUAUUCAUCCCUCUCAUUUAAAUUCUGCGUCCGAUCCCGAGUUAUACUCUCCUUCACACUCGCUUACGAUCCUGAACAACGACUACGAUGCGUUCGAUGCUCUCCUGCACAAUAUAUACGAAAAGACGCUGCAGGAUAACUGGUUCAAACCAGCUGGUGACACGGAUUCCACUGGCGUUUGUUUACGUGUAGAUCCAACGUCCUUCCGGUGCUUUCCAUACGAGAAUCCUAAACUCAUUCCAUUCGAAGAAGGCGUUCGUCGGCUCAAUGUUGAAGUGGCUGUCAAGAUUCGCAGUGCUAGUGUCCAUGCUGCUGUGUCUCGCUCACCGCCUACCGCGAGGGAGAUUCUCAUCGACUCAAACACGCGCAUUCAGAUUCUUCCCGACAUCAGCGCUUUAGGCGAUGCCGAGAGGGAACAAUGUGCUGCCUUCAUUCGCUCGGACCAUACCCUUGUGGUCUGGGCGUUUUCGGUUGAUCAAGUGAUUCCAUUGUGGGCUGAGUUCGAGGAGAAGUUAAUCAAGUACAUUUGGCGCACUAGAAGUACUCCGAGGAGGGAUAGUAAUACUCCAGGCUUCUUUGAUCCGACUGGAUCACCUGUGAUGCACACUGGCAGCUUGCCGGAUCUCGCUUCGACUGUGACUUCUGCCGCCCCUUCAACUAUUGCCCUCCCUCAAUAUUCAUCCACUAGGUUGUCAACCGCUGCUGGGCCGUUCGGCAUGGAAGAUGUCGAUCGGUCCGCUGCGGAUACAAUGGUUGUUGAUUUUGGCUUUGGCGCUGCGGAUGAGCAGGAUCAGGAGGAGAAGGUUGUACAGCCUAAGAAGGUGUCGAAAAAGCCUAAGAAGAGUUCAUUCUGGUCGUUUCUCUCAUGGUGGAAACUGCAGCCACCUGCCCCUGCCCAGUCAGAGAAAGAUGCCUUCAAUCUUGAAGAAGGCUCUGACACUGGUCCUGAACCUCGUCAGCUUGUCCUCCUCGGUCCUUUCUAUGCAGGUUGCGGUGCUGCAUUGACCAUGUAUUUCGCUGCAGCUGGUAUUUCGAACCUCAUCGAAGAAUGGGUCUUGGACGGUGAUACACGUCGGUUCGGACUAGUUGUGGUGUUACCCGUAGUUGCCGCCGUCAGCAUAUUUUUUUGCCUUCAACUCAUUGGAAAUCUUUCUCUUGUUCUUGGACCGGUAGCACAAUAUCAUGAAAACAGUGCCUACUAUUCUGCUCAACGUCCAAAGCCGAACGCUAAAGUCGAUGGUGCCGCUAGAUGGAGUGAGACUGUUGAACGAAUAGUUGUCAGGAACAGCAGCGAAAAUGGGACUGAAGGUGACUUGAAAGAGGUGGAACGGGAACUUCAGAGAGAAGUCCGGGUCGGUGGGCUUCCCCAUAUCACGAUACAGUGCCCGGUUUAUAAAGAAAGUUUGGAAUUGACGAUUGCACCUUCCGUAUUUUCAAUCAAGAAAGCCAUGCAAACGUAUGCUCGGCAGGGAGGAACUAGUUCCAUCUUUAUCUGUGAUGAUGGUCUGCAGAUAAUUCCAGAGGAGGAUAAACAGAAAAGACUGGAGUUCUACGCCAAUCACAACAUCGGCUGGGUCGCACGUCCGCGUCAUUCUUCUGGUCCAGGUGGUUUCAAACGUGCAGGCAAAUUCAAGAAAGCGAGUAAUAUGAAUUACGGUCUCGCUCUUAGUAUUGCUAUGGAACAACAGCUCGCAAAACUCAUCGGCGAUGCUUCUAGUGCCAACAACACCACAUUGUCUUCCAGUGAACCUCGAGAAACCACCAGACCGAAUACCAGUGCUAGCAGCCCUUCUACCUUUUCUUCUCAACCCCAUUUUGAAAGCAUCGAAUCCCUCGAAGAACGAGCGCUGCAGCUUGCCAUCGAGCAGAUCUACCAGGAGUCUGGUACAGUGAAGAAGGUCAUUGAUGAGUCAGGGAGAGAGACCGAGGAAGUGGUUUAUCAUCGUCCAUGGGCUGGAGGAGCUCGGAGUUUGCGCGUUGGAGAGAUUAUUCUAAUAAUUGAUGCGGAUACUGUUGUGCCAGAGGACUGUUUCCGAGAUGCCGCAAGGGAGAUGGGUGAAGAGGGAGGAGAGGAAGUUGCGAUCAUUCAGCAUGAGAGUGACGUCAUGCAAGUCGCGCACCAUUACUUUGAGAAUGGUAUCACUCAUUUCACACGGAGAAUUAACAAAUGUAUCUCAUACGGGUGUGCGAACGGAGAAGUAGCGCCUUUCGUCGGUCAUAACGCAUUCCUGCAAUGGAAGGCCGUGCAGGAUGCCAGCUUUAUCGAUCCCGCUGACGGUCGACGGAAGAUGUGGUCUGAAGCGAACGUUUCAGAGGAUUUCGAUCUUGCCCUUAGGCUGUUGCUGAAAGGCUAUACGUUGCGAUGGGCGACAUACUCGCAGGGUGGUUUCAAAGAGGGUGUGAGUUUGACUGUGGUAGAUGAAUUAGCGAGAUGGCAAAAAUACGCUUAUGGUUGUGAUGAGAUCAUCUUCAACCCACUCAUCAAGUGGUGGCGACACGGACCUAUCAGCAAACAACUCCGAGAAUUCAUGCAGUCUGCCGCGCCUGUUCAUUACAAGAUAGGCAUGGGCAGUUACAUGUUCUCGUAUUAUGGUAUCGCCGCCGCCACCAUUGGGUCGAUUCUGAAUUACCUUCUGCUCGGGCUUGGCCCUGACCUCGACCGGUUCUAUUUGCAUUCGUUCGAAAUUCUCCUUGCCUGCGUCGUGGUGUUCCCUGCCCUUGGAAACCUCGGUUUCACCAUGUUGGAAUAUCGUCUCGGCCAUCGAAGUAUCUGGAGCAGUGCUGUGGAGAAUCUGAGAUGGGUUCCGUUCUUCUUGUUUUUCUUUGGAGGUUUGAGCAUCCAUCUUUCGACUGCUAUCUUGGCGCACCUCUUCUCGUAUGAUAUGACUUGGGGCUCCACAGGAAAGGAAGUCGAAAAAUCGACGUUUUGGAUUGAAGUGCCUCGUAUCAUCAAGAACUUCAAGCUUUCUAUCAUCAUUUGCCUUCUGCUUAUAGCAAUGAUGGUAGUGUUCACCACAGACGCGGUUCCCUUUGAUUGGCAGAUUCCAGGCUGGAACUGGGCGUUGAUCAUACCGCUUAGCUUGGUUGUUGGAUGUCAUCUACUCCUACCGAUUGUUCUGAACCCUUGGUUGAUGAAGUUCUCCUACUAGUCGUACAUGAACUGGUACAUGUUUGGCCACACACUGGUUGUAGACUUUUUACCGUCCUAGAAUUUCUCUUUGUAACCAGAUCUCAUUCUUUUGCUGUACGUUCAUUGGUUAUUGCAAUUGUUCUACAGACGUGGACGUUAUUUUUUGAGGACUUUGGAGCUUCAGAAUCGAUCACAUACUUUGUCUCUUACAUAUAUUUACAAUACACUCACAAGAUCAUUCAUAUUACUGAGUCAAUAAAUUACCUCUUUUGCCUGUUAACAUAGCAUAAGAAGAUG